AUGACAUCCACAGAAGACCCUUUCCCCCCCUACACCCCCCUGCACCCCAUCAUCUUUAAGGUGAGCUUACUGGAAGAUGCCGAAGUUCCUACUUCUAGUAGAAGCUGAGAUCCAUCACUGUCACACAAUAUACAUUUCACCCAGAUACUUUGCCGCUGUUUCAGUCCUUGUGAUGCCACGCUACUAAGAACAGACUACCUCUCUCACAGACAUUUACACAGGCAAGAGUCUUUUCCUCAGUCAAGUUUUAAAAGCACAAAUCCAGAAUCACUACUUCAUGAGUCAAAUUUGACAGGGCCAUUUUCAGCUGCCAGCAUUAGAGACCAAACAGCCCACAAUGAAAAUUUUGAUGAAAUUAAACUCAUGUCUUUGGAGGAAGGUUUUGAUCCUAUAGAAGUUUCUCAGCUCUUUGAAGAACCUGGUUCAGAUUCGGGACUGCCUUUGAAUUCAAGUCACAGCACCACCUCUUACUUAAUCUGCAGUGAAGGUGCUGUUGGGUGAAGCAGUGAUGUUAAAUCUGUUUCUUCACAUGACUUAGGAGCUGUUGGUAGCCAUUGCCAAGAACAUGGCAAAUAUGGCCAUGUGGAAUAUCCAGGUGAUUCAGAGUGUUGUAGAGAAGCCACACUUCAGCAGUUUCUUCAUAACCACACUUAAAAUCAGCUGCCAAGUCAAGCAGCACCUACUCUGGAGUCACAUCAGCAGAUGUGGAUGCAGAAACCAAAUGAAGUAACAAAUAGGUGCCACGAUUGUACUGAUACAAACCUUAGCAGUGACAAAUGCCACGCAAAAAAUCUGAGAACACCAAUUUCAGUCAAUGAAAUUGUGAGCAUGCCCAUCAACUCAUUCAACACCAUGCUAGCAUCUGAGGAAAAAAACAAAGUUGCUGCCCAAAAUUGUUGUAAACGCAAACUAAAUGCAAUUCUUCACUUGGAAUCUUCAAAUGCAAAAGGACAGCCUUCAAAGGAGCACUCUCAGUGUAGCAAAUUCUGGAUGAAGGAAAAGUUAAACAACUUGUAGUGUGAAUUUUCAGUAGAUUGAUGGCCUGUUAACCUGUACCAAUAUGUCAUUCAUUGCAGUAGCGAUGGCAGUAUUUUCAUAAUGCUCAAACACUUGGUCAAAUCAGAACAGAAACAAGGUAAAGGGCAGAAGCAAAAAUAAUCACUUAGGUUUUAUUUCUCCUGAGAGAAUAAGGAUAUCUGCAUGAACACUGGAGUUCAGUGACUACAGUAGUACAAGCAGAAGAGAUACUAGAGAAGGAAGUCUGUGUUCAAGGGUCUGACAAACCCAGCAG